AUGGAAAAAGAGGGAAAAAUAGUUAAGUCAAAUUUCUGCAUUUUGAGAAUCCUCGAUGAAAUGCGUGAGUUUCAACUAGUUGUCAUCAGUAAUAACUAUGCGUUAUCCAAUGCAUUCAGAUCGGGAUCUCGAUUUGUCGCUGUCCCUGACACCAAGAUUAACCUGGGCCUUACUAACGUGCUUUAUAGACAAGGUUUCCUGACUUCUAUUGCACGAGGUAGUCAUGAAGGGCCCGAUACCGAAUAUACUCCUACCACAGAUCAAAAUAGAGCCACAAGACGCCUUUGGCUCGACUUGAAGUAUAAAAAUAAUGUGCCAGCUAUGAAGAGUUUUACAGUCGUCAGCAAACCAUCCCGAAAAUUACACUUCAAAGUGAAUGAAUUGAAAGAUAUUGCUCAAGGUAGAAGAGUUGGUCCUGUGACACCACUACAACCUGGUGAAAUUGGUAUUGUUAAUACAAGCAUGGGCGUUUUGGAACUGAAUGAAGCUUGUGAGAAACGUGUUGGUGGUGAAUUUCUUUGUCGUGUCAGGACAUAG